UGCGCCUUUUACGAGGGGGGGGCAGCUUUCUGUCAUUGUAGUUUAUCCCGCCGGAGCUGGCUCUCUAUUUUGGACCAGGGCUUUGACUUUGGAGUACAUGUUUACGAGAACCAUAUUCAGUAGUCUCGCUUUCCGACAAGAGCUUCCAGCCCCAUAUUUGAAUGUCGCCUCCCCUCUGAGCCGGGGCGGUGAGCUCGCCCGCGCGGGGAGGGAGAGGCGGGAAAAUUCGGAGCUCGGCGCGUCCGGGCUGCGCGCUCACCGUGUGCUCCCCGCUCCCUGCGCUCCUGCGGCCGCCCGCCCGCCUGCCUGCCCGCCCGCCUGCCCGCCCGCCAUGCCCUCCUCCGAAGACAUCGCGCCCGCGUCCCCCGGCAAGCGGCCCCGGCCUUCCGCGGCGGCCCUGCGGCUGCGCUUCGUGCGGCUGUCGGAGCACGCCACGGCCCCGACGCGGGGCUCCGCGCGCGCCGCCGGCUACGACCUGUACAGUGCCUAUGACUAUAUAAUACCACCUAUGGAGAAAGCUCUUGUGAAAACGGACAUUCAGAUUGCUCUUCCUUCUGGGUGCUAUGGAAGAGUAGCUCCUCGUUCUGGCUUGGCUGCCAAACACUUCAUAGAUGUUGGAGCUGGAGUCAUAGAUGAAGAUUAUAGAGGAAAUGUUGGCGUUGUGCUGUUUAAUUUUGGCAAAGAAAAGUUUGAAGUAAAAAAAGGUGAUCGAAUUGCCCAGCUCAUUUGUGAACGGAUUUAUUACCCAGAAAUAGAAGAAGUUCAAGAAUUGGACGAUACCGAGAGGGGUUCCGGAGGCUUUGGAUCCACUGGGAAGAAUUAAUUAAAAUUUAGGCUAAAAUGUGAAAAUGCCCUUUUUUCUUAAAAAUAGACUUUUUGGCUAAAGUGUUUUGUAUAUCUGUAAACUUAAAAUUUUUAAUUUGCUAUGGUAAAGGAAAAGGUAUCUCUGUUAGCAUCGCUUAGAAACUUUGUGUUAUCUGCAGUUGAAGACUGUAUGUAAAUCUGAUUUGUGGUGACCUGAUAACAGACUUAAAAAUCAAAUGUAUAUCAGUUACAGAUUUUUUAAUAACUAAUUUAAUCCAAUAAACAUUCUUUCAACAUAUGAUACUUUAUUAACUUUAUAAAUCAUAAAUACUGGCUUUUAUUCAGUACACUUGAAUUCUACAGAUAGAAAUUACAUACACUGAACUAAAAGAAGUAUGGAAGAGGUUAAAGUUACUCCUUGUGGGUUUUUUGCUAAAGUACUUUUUAAUAUUAAGAUUAUGUGAAGGUAAGAAGGGCAUUCUGGUUAUUUACCUUUUUUUCACCCAUAAUCUUGGUAGACCUUGAGUUGACUGGGAUAGAGCUAUGUUUGUAGAAAGAAAUGUAACAUGGUGAUUUGCAGUUGAUCUGUUGGUCAGAAUUCCGUCUCAUGCAAAUUGUACCAGGUAUAUUUAUCUGAGUUUCUCUCACUGAAGUAGCAUUAUUAGAUCAUCUCCAAGAAAAUAGGCUGUUUAAUAGAAAUAAAAUUAAUGUGUCGGUAUGUAUAUACUUGAGCCUUGGGUCUUUCCAUCCCAACCACGUAGCUUGAAUAAAUACGUAUCAGUCCCA